CGUCAUUCUGUGCAAUCGUGCCGGUGCUUUUAUGUUACUAUAUAAUUCGAGCAUUUUUGAUCUGAUUUUGCCAAAAGUAUCUAUCAAAAUCAUCUCAUGGCCGAUUUCCUGAUGCCCGGGUCUACAACCUUUCAACAACAUUACAGCAGCAACCAUUAACCAUCCUCGGAGCAGACUCUCACCGCGGGUGAUGGAAGCAUUGCAAAUUAUCAAGUUCUCCUACAGGCAAGACAGGCUCAGUUUCACUGAUGAUUUGGUUGCUCGAGAAGAGGACUACAAAUUGUCAGGCCCUUUGACUCAACAAGCUGUGGAGGAGUUGAUCAGUAGCGGAAAGCUUGACGAGCUCUCAUGCAGAAUGCUGACGACGACGACGAAGCCUUAGCGUAGCUAAUUCAUA